AUGGCUCCUCGUUCAAGAGGCGCAAAGCGCAUCGCUGAUGCUCUAGGGUUUUCGACCCCGAAGAACCACGUCUGCCUCUCAUGUCGACAGAGUCUGGCUUUGACCCGGCCUCAGCGAGGCUACGCAUCCGCCGCCACUGCAAAAGCUACUGUCGAAGCCCCUCCCAUCACCCAGCUAUCCCCCGACGGCCCCGAAGCCUCUCCUGUUCCUCAACCCAUUUUCACCAUCAAAGCAGGCGUGGUCCUCUCACGACCACCGCUGAUCACGCCAGACCCACACCCCUUCGAGACCGCCUACUACCUGUAUCAACGACGGCUGAACGAGCGACUAGUGUUGCCGUUCACUCAGUAUUUCUACUAUAAGCGCGGAACGCCGGCGUUUGAACAAUGGCGGACGAAGCGGCAGGCCCGAGGAGGCGCAGCGACCCGAGACAUCGGCAAAUAUAACGCCUACACGGACGAAGCUUGGAACGACGAGGUCUUGGAGGGCGACGAGACGGGCGCGCCGAGCAAGAUCGUCGAGCAAUUGAUCGCGGACGAGGGACGAGCGGAGGAAUUCACCGGCACGGGUGAUCCGAAGUUUGCAGGUCUGAAACGCAGAACCGAGGCGGACGAGAAGAAUGACCAGCGGAGUCUCGAACGCAGCCUCAGCCGCACGUUGUACUUGCUCGUCAAGAACAAGAAGGUUGCCGGGCAGAGCCAGGACGAGAGCGACUUCUGGAAGUUCCCCAGCGGCACUAUCAUCGGGCAUGAAGGAUUGAAGCAGGCCGCACAACGCAUCCUGUUCAGCUCGCUCGGCGAGAACAUGAAUACCUUCUUCGUCGGCAACCACCCUGUCGGCCACUACGUUGCACGCUUCGCAUCCCCGAGACCCGGGCCUCCCCCACAGAUGACCACAGAGACGUCCAAAGCGUCAGACUCGGCCCUGCUCAAACAGGAAGUCGCCCAGCAACCGGACCAACAUCCCUCGCUGGUCAAUGGCGAAAAGACGUUCUUCAUGAAAGCCCGUAUCAUGGCCGGCCAGCCGUCUUUGGCUGCGUCGCAGGACCAAGAUAUCGAAGAUUUCCGAUGGUUGAGCAAGGAUGAGAUCGAAAAGGCCGUGCAUCCGGAUUAUUGGGUCAAAGUGAAGAAUAUGCUAGCGACGCAGUAG